AUGAACGCUCUCCGGCAGUCUGUUGUCUCUAGUGUGCGUCGUGCCACUGUUGCGUCUACCCGUCGUGCCUUGUCUAUGUCUGCUAUCGCUCGUGGCCAUGCCGGCAAGGAUGUUGCUCCAAGCGACCUCAAGACCUCGCUCAAGCUCGAGGAGGCUACCGGCGCUGACGCCCUUCUUGGCCCUGGUGGCAAGCCUGGCCAGCUCCCUACCUCUUUCGAGAUCGCUACUGGUUUGGAACGCCUCGAGUUGCUCGGUGCUCUUGAGGGUAUCGAUGUUUUCGACGAGGCUCCUCUGACCCAGGAGCGCAAGGGCACUCCCGACGACCCCGUUAUCGUCGACAGCUAUGACCGCAUUCGCUACGUUGGUUGCACUGGGUUCCCUACCGGUUCCCAGGAGGUCAACUGGCUCAGGGUCGAAGAGGGCAAGAUCUCUCGCGACUGGGAGUCUGGCUGCUGCUAUACUCUUAACUACCUUGGCCCCAAGGAUGCUCACCACUAA